AAACACCAAACGCCCCUCCUUGUAGUAUCUGAUUCUUCUUGUUCUUUCUUUCUAUGAGUGAUGACUGACUGAAUCAUUCAAUCCAUUCAUACAAAGCCCUAAUCUUUUCUCCAUUGCUAUUUUCUUCCACGCCACCAACACAAAUCAAUGGAGUAUCAACACCAUCAUCAACAUCCCCAGCAAUGGCGUCCCCCUCCCAGACCUCCUCCAAUCCAAGGUAACACCACCAUCUGUCCUACCUGCUCAUACUCUCACUUCCCUUUUUGCCCACCACCUCCUUCCUUCCCCUUUCACUCCGAUCACGCUCACUACAGGCCUGCUUUCGACCCCUAUCGACCACCACAUCCUGUUAAUGCUAUGGGAAACCCUAAUGCUCAUGGUGGAGGAUUCGGCCAUCCGGGGCCUUACGGACAAUUCGCGCCACAACCGUCUGAGUACCCCGGGGUUGAGGGUGAUAGGAAUCGUAAGAGGCCUAGGGUUGAUGAUUUUGGUUCCGGGGACUUAAAUCCAAAUUCUCCAUUGGUCGAUGAGCGGAGAUUGAAGAUGAUUCGUGAUCAUGGCGGCGUAUCGGGUGGAUCGCCUGUUUCAAGGUUUGGGCCCGGUGAGGAUCGGAGGUCGCAUGUUUUAAUGGAGAAUGGCCGAGCUGAGAGUCUUGGAAAUGAACCUCCAUAUCCUUAUACAAGUAAUUCUAAUAACAAUUAUCACCAGCCACAACACCACCAUGGAUAUGGAUCGCAGCAUCAGAAUGUGAACGAACCCAGAUAUUUCCCACGCCCUGGUGGUGAAAUGGGCCAUUUGCAAGGCCCUCAAUUUUUUGGUGGACAGCCUCCCUUGCCUCUUUCUCCACCACCUCCUCUUCCGAUGGACCACCCUCCAGUACCGGCGUCUUCAGAGUUGAGAGUUUAUUCUUCGCACCCACAAAGACCCUCUUCUUUAUUUCCCGUUAGUUCAUCAGCAAUGGCAGCUUUACCUUGUCCACCAAUUCCUGAAACCAAAUCAUUGCCACAAUCUUAUUUCCACAACAGGCCAUACUUGCAUACUAAUACUGGCUUUUCAACGCAGGAAUCACAAGUCAUCCACGGGACAAUGCCAAAGCAGUUUGGGGGAGAGGACCGAUCUUUUUUGCUGAAACAUUCAUCUUCUAGCAAACCAGUUGUUGUUGAUGCUUCUCAAUUAUUUAAGAAGCCACACCGAGCUACCCGUCCUGAUCAUUUUGUGAUAAUUCUUCGAGGACUUCCUGGCAGUGGUAAGAGCUACUUAGCAAAGAUGUUGCGUGAUGUAGAGGUAGAAAAUGGUGGUGCUGCUCCACGAAUUCACUCAAUGGAUGAUUAUUUCAUGACUGAAGUUGAAAAGGUUGAGGAGAGUGAUGCUUCGAAAUCUUCCGGCUCUGUCAGAGGCAAGAAACCAGUCAAAAAGAUAGUGAUGGAAUAUUGCUACGAACCUGAAAUGGAAGGGGCUUAUCGGUCUAGCAUGCUGAAAGCAUUUAAGAAAACUCUGGAGGAGGGAGAUUUCACCUUCAUUAUUGUGGAUGACCGCAAUCUGCGGGUAGCUGAUUUUGCUCAGUUUUGGGCAACUGCAAAGAGUACGGGUUAUGAAGUAUAUGUAUUAGAAGCUUCAUAUAAGGAUCCUGCGGGCUGCGCAGCUAGAAAUGUGCAUGGUUUUACUCUAGAUGACAUACAAAAAAUGUCUCAACAAUGGGAAGAAGCUCCAUCAUUUCACUUGCGACUAGAUGUCAAGUCACUUGUUAAUGGAGAUGAUCUGAAAAAGAGUGGAAUUCAAGAGGUGGACAUGGCCAUGGAUGAUGAAGAUACUGAUGAUAUCCCAUCUGGAUUGCAAGGACAAAAUACUGACUCCAUCGUAGCAUCUUCUAUUGGAGAUAAUGCAUUUGAUGAUUCUUCAAAAGAUGGGAAGAGCUGCCAUGUUGAAGUAGAGAAUGCGACUGAAGUGAAAGACCUAGGUAGGAGUAAAUGGUCUAAUGAAUUAGAUGAAGAUGAUACUGAACAAACUGAAACCAAUAAGGGUAAAUUAAAUGCUCUAUCUGGUCUAAUUCAAGCUUAUGGUAAGGAAGCAAAAUCUGUACGCUGGGGUGACCAGAGUGGCUACUCUGGGUUUUCAUUAAGUGCAACAAAGAAAUCAAAUACCUUGUCCUUAAUAAUUGGACCUGGAGCUGGAUACAAUUUGAAAUCCAAUCCUUUAUCUGAAGACUGCUUCAAGCCAAGAAAGAGUAGUGGUGAACCAAAGCAGCAGAGUGUAUUUCAAGAGCAGCUUCGAGCCGAACACGAAUCAUUUAAAGCUGUUUUUUCCAGAAGGCAGCAGAGGAAAGGGCUUGAUUUGGAGGAGUAUGCAUAGUUUGUGGGAAGGUCCAAAUUUGUUUUCUUCAAAUGAAAUGUUGUUCCAUAUUUUUGUUUCCAUUCUUUUAUACAGGUUGAUGUAGCUGUUUGUAGUUGCGGAUUAGCUCUUGAAACAAGCUGGUUCAAUCCCUUACACUUGUAUAUUAGCUCAUUUUGUAGAAACAGUUAUAUAUAUUAUAAAAAAAACACUGAUUUCUUCUUUCAUGAUCA